AUGACGGCCCGGCUCCCCCGCCCCGCGCGCUCCCGGCGGGCCUCGCGAGAGGGACGGCGCGAGCCGAGGGACAAGCGGCGGCAGCGGCGCGUUGCUGCGCAACGGCCAGGCGGCCGGUGGAGGGAGCCGCGCGCAUGGCCAAGUAAGGCAAACUGCCCUUGCUAUGCCAAGGCUGAACUCCUGGCUGACUAUCUCCAGGCUAACUUGCCCAACUUCAGGGUUCACAAGAUCACUCAGCACCCUGACAAAUGGGAGCAGUGGCUUCAUGACAUUUGUGAAAAGAAUGGAUGGGAAUACAGACAGUCUCCUAUCAUUUGGAGAGAACUUUUGGACCGUGGAGGGAAGGGUCUGCUUCUGGGAGGAGUUAAUGACUUUCUGGAAUAUGCUCAGCAUUAUUAUGGCGUCACCUCAAUGAAGUUGAGUGAGGAACUGUUAGACAUUGCUAAGGAGAACCUGCAGGCACACAGUGAAAUUGAAAAAGAGGAGGAAGAGAUUAAAAGUCUUAUCAAGCCUUUGCAGAUCUGGAUCACCAGUGCAUCAGCUCCAAUCUGUUAUCAGCUGAUCCCUCUGUUGGCAAAUGGAGAGGUGUUUGGGAUGACCACAGAAAUCAGUAUCCAUUUGCUUGACACUGACCAGUUUAAGGAAGUUCUUUGUGGUAUUGUAAUGGAAGCUGAAGACAUGGCGUUGCCACCCCUCCGCAGUAUUUCAGAGCACACUGAAAUAGAUGAGGCUUUUAUUCAAGCUGAUAUUAUCAUUGUUCUUGAUGAUGUCCUCUUAAACCGUGAAGUCCAAUCCCUUGAGUGCUGCAUCAGGGAAGUGAGUAAGAUCUGUCAAGUGUAUGCUCCCUUGAUCGAGAAGAAUGCCAAGAGUGAUGUCAGAGUAAUUUCAUCAGGAAAGACCUUUGUAAACCUUAAGGCGAUGAUGAUUAUGACAUAUGGUCCAUCCAUUAAGCCUGAAAAUGUCAUUGCCGUUGCAACAUCCUGGGAAAGUGCAGCUAAAGCCAUGCUGGCCAGGAAGCUAAGCAUGAAUGCAGCAGGAGUUAAAGACGUGAUUGUGUGGGGCAAUAUUACUGGUUCUAACUACAUUGAUUUGUCACAUGCAAAACUUUAUGGAUAUGACUGUGCUAUUUGGGGCCCAGCUGAUUUUCCACAUCCUUUGUUGAAUAAGAUUUAUGAUAGUGAAUGGAUCCAUUCAGAAUUUCUAUCUGCACAGACUUCACUGAGUUCCCGGCUCUGUCAUUAUGUAGGAAUGUUACCUGCUCAUGCGGUAGCCACUGUACUGAGAUACUGGUAUCACAGCUCUCCUCCUGGGGAGAUUGUUUCUGUGGGAAUACUUAGUAAAGGUCAAUUUUGCAUUCUUGAAGGAAUUGUCUUCUCUAUGCCAGUGAGGUUCCAGAAUGGUAACUGGGAAGUCAUGACAGAAUUAGAAAUUAAUGAAAUGACCCAAGAAGUUCUGGGACGCUUAGCCCAUGAGCUGGUUCAGGAAAAGCUCAUUGCGCUAAAGGAAAUAAAAGAAAUGCAUCCAUAUGCAGCUGAAAAAAUCACUAGUAAAAAAAUUUUGCAUCAAGAGAUGGAAGCCUUGUCUACUGGCUCAUUUUAACCAGAGUUGUCUGGAGGAGAGAAUGCGGAAAAUUCCCAUGCUAAAGCUAUGUUUCCAUUUCCAUUGUAGCAAACUACAAAGAAAGGCUAAACAUUGUCAUAGUUUUUACAGUACCUUCCUCAUCAAAAACCUGGAAAUUGCAGGCAGAAAAAUAUUUCAAAAACAGUGUGAAUGUAACAUUCUUAAUCUGGAGACCAAAGCAAAAUUCCUGCCGACUUUAAUAAGUCUAGGAUUUCAUUUACAUCCAACAACUUAUUUCUUCAGACCAAUAAACUGUUUCAAAAACAAUCAUAUUAUAAUAAUUUUGAAUGAGAUUGUCACACACAGAGUGACAGUUUUAUAACUCCAAAUUCUUGUUUCAGAUGUAAUUAAACACAAUACUUGCAUAAGAAUAUACAUUCUCAGGCAAAAACAAUUUUCUAACACAAAAAUUGAAGUGCAUACAUCUCCUUAGUGACAAGAUCAUUUUUGUCUCCAUGUCUUUUAUCUAUUCAAUGAGUUUCAUAGGGACUGUUGAUGUGUUUUAAGUCAAACAUGCAAUUAAGUCCUUGUCUAAAACAGAAUUGAUGAGGUACCACUGUCACUUGCAUGUCUUUAGUGUCUUAAAAGAUGGAGACUGUGUUAAAUGAAAUAGUAUUGUAUUUGCUAAUUUUUUAUCAGAAGUGAGUUUUUAAAGCAAAAUAAGAAGUUUCAUGUUCUUUGAAUUAUAUAUAUGUAGUUGGAAUAAAUUCAUUAUUUCUGUUCAAGUGGAGGUUCCAACUCUGAACAGGGGUAACUUCUUACAUGAGGAAACCAAGAGGAGUUCAUCUGCUGUUUAUUGGCUGAUGUUGACAGAAGGGGAAAGGGUGUCUCACUGGUCUUAGAGAGAGGAGCUCGGCUGGGGUAUCACAGGAAGUUGGAAGAGUGUAGUUUCUUAUGUGAAAUAUACAUGGGAGAAGCAACAGUUACAGGAAGUGAGAUAUUGUUGCAGGUAUCUUCAUGUAAGAGUUCACAUGGGAGCUGGUAGAGGGCAGUGAUGUAAGAAGUCUUGAAGAGAGUGGUUAGGAAUCACUCAUUUCAUGAGGAAGUGGUCUCCAAGGCAUUAGUUUCCAGCAGUGUGUGCACAGAAAAUUGGCUGAGCCUCUGAGGAGCAUCUGAAGGCAGAUGUCUCAGGAGAGCAUAGCCAGGAAGGAUGCUACAGUAGUCUUUAGAAGGAAAGUUAGCUUCUCUAAUGUGUCUUUACAUUUGUUUUUUUCUGUAUAGAUUAUGAUUUGGCAGUCUUUUAUUCUUUGAAUUCUUUUAUUCUGCCUGUGAAGAUAGUAGUUCAAACAGACUGCAAUUCAAACACCAACGCUGCACAGCUGUUAGUGAGAAGGAAAUGAACUCUCUGCAAUGUAUAAGCAGGCUUACUGGACUUGCAAGUCACUACCUAAAAACCACAAACAAAGAAUUUCGUCUCAGAUGUUGGGAGGAGAAAGACAAAAAAAAAGUCUUUGACGUCUCUUGUAUCCUAAAUUAUUCUAAUUAAUUUGCUUAGUGGGCUGUAGGGGAAUUUAGGUCAUUCCUCAUGGAAGCAUAAUAGAAUGGGAAAGUUUCUUUUCCUAGCUUUUGUUUAGGAGAGAAAGAAAGAAUAGAAAUAAUAGGCAAGGUAAAAUAUGGUAACAUAUUCAAAGUUGGUUACAGUUGUAACACAGGAAUUAAUUUAGUCAUCACUAAGUUUUUUUCUAUAAGUAGUAAGUAAUUUUUUAUAUACAUUUUCUCACAAGUUACUGAGUAAUGCUAUGUAUGCAGGACAUUCAUAGCACUGAUGAAUCCUACCACCUGGGUGUUAGAGUAACUGUUGAAAAAUUUAUGAAAAAGGGCUUUAAGAUAAAUGUAUCUACCUUACAGAUAUUAUAUAUAUUCUGCAUAAACCCUAGCAUUUGGGUGUACUGGAGAGUGUGUAAGCUUUCCGGUUGGUCUGAACAAUUCUUAUUUUAGGACAUUACCACUAGGACUUACUAUUUUUCCUCUUUGUGUAGUUGUACCAACUGUUCAUUACAGCACACUGUGCUUGGUGCAUUGUUGUGCCAGCUUCCACCUCAUUUUCAGUCUCUAUAGCAACACUGUUUCUCAGCAACUGGGAGAUGCUUGGUAAAGGCCUCUCAAUUUAGAAAUACUGCAAUCCAACCAUAAGAAAAAAUUGCUUUGAAACAAAGAUCAAAGAAGUUUUAUCUUCAAUAAUUCAGGAUAUUUAUUACUAAUUAAUUAGUGCUCUCUGUUUUGACUGCUUAGACAAUUACCUGAUACUUUGAUCUGGGCCUUUGCAAGGCAUUUGUUGUGAACAGCUUUCAUUUAAAAGCAAAACCUGUAGAACUGUGUCUUGAAAUCAACUUUUAAGUGCUAUAAAACUACUGGACUACUUUGGUGGUAUCGUGUGACUUCUGGGCCUUUAGUAAGUAGCUGAGAGAAAGGUAAGUGCCGUUACUGUAUUUAAGAGGAGACAAUAAUUUCAGCCUUUGAACACAACAUAGGAUGUUUUCACCCUUCACAGGAAACAAAAGUAAUUGUAGUUUAUUUUAUGCGUAUUUAAAAUAUUGAUCAUACGUUGUUGAUUUCAAAAGAAGGCAGGCCUCUGUAAUUAAGUCAAUUGAUCUAUUUGGGAGAUUUCUGUCUUACUUGAUCUGGUUUGUCUUUCUCUGUACUUUAACUUAAUUAUGUAACAUGAAUAAAAGUGCAUUUUAUUUGCUAAAGUACAUACACUGAGAAACUGUGUAGGCAAACAAAAUACAUCUAAGUAAUCAAACAUGUUACUUUUCGUGCACAUUCCAGUAGGAUUCAAGAAUAAGGCUACUCUUGUUCUGCACAUAAAAGUAUUUCUAUUCAUGGGACUGGGGUUUAUAAUGGUAAAAAUGUAUUUCCUGUACAUUUGUAAUUAAUUUUAAAAUUCUUUUUUGUUUUGUGGAAGCAUUUUUAAUUAUUGAAGGACACAUGUAGCUGAAAUACAACACACUGACUGAAAUAGUGUAUCAAUGAGCAGUUAGUUCAGAUCUGAUGGCAGGCAGAUACUGCUUCUACUUUCAUAUUAUGUUAAUUAUAAAGUAGAUGUGCUACCACUGAAGUAGAUCCUGUUCACCCAAGCAUUCCUCCUCCAGUUAAGAUCUGAGCUCUCCACAGAGUUUUGUGUAUACAAAUGUAGACUGUACAUAUGUUAAUAAGGGCUUUCAUAACUUUUUUGAGAUAGGGUUCAUGGGUAUGUUGUUACGAUGUUGCACAAUGACAGCCAGUUUGGUAAAACACAUAAACACAUACUUUGAGACCAUGAAUACCCUAGUACAGGAGUACAGUGUUAUUUAUCCAUGUGGGUGAUUUAAAGGUUAGACAUCGUGCUGUAGUGGAUAGCGAGCUCAUCAUCUUACAGUAAGUAUCAAGUGCUAAUAGAUUAUGCAUGCUAUACAACUCAGUGAGGUCAGUGGAUCUGUUCUUGAGUGUGCAAAUUCUAAUGAGUGAGUUCUAAUUUAAGUGAGUUUAACUUGCAUAUUUUUACAUUCAUCUUGCUUUUUUUUUUUUGUGCCUUUGGUGGGGAGAAAAAAAGGAGGAAAACAUGAGGCAAGCUGUGUGUUUCUCAAGAAGAAAUGAUGUCAGCUCAGCUGAAAACUUCAGUUCUGUUUGAAAAUUUUACAAAAUAAACUUGUGAGAAACUACAACCAAUGAAUCUUGGGAUGUCUAGUGUAAAGAACGCCUAAUGCCAUCUGUUCAUUUCAAAUGGAUCCAGACUUUCAGGAGGCUUUCAAUGAUGUUCAGAGCUCCGUCUACAGAACAGCCCUAAAACUACGCUCAGUACAAAGUCUGUGCCGGUGUUAGUACCCGAAGAGAAUCGUGUGCUUUGAUAGGAAGAAGAAUCUGUAAAAAAAUUGUGUUACUGUCACCAUCAGUUAUUAUGCUACUUUGCUCUCUCAUUUUCCACCUGAGAAUCUCAGAACGCAUCACAAACACUUAAGAGCUAGAUAGUACUUCAUAUACAAAAUGAUGUUUUUCCCCCCUUUUGAAUGUCAGUGGAAGUACAUUAGUAAAAUUCUAAAGGCAUAGGAGAAUCAAAUUAUUACUACAAUCUGUAACACUGCUACAUAGACAUCACUGGCAAAAAUGAAUCUUUAUGUUAUUCUCGUUAAACGUCAAAUUCUCAUGUGUUUCUUAGUAGCUGAUCUAUUGGACAUAAUCAUAGACCAUCAAAAAUGCACUGGCAUGCAUUAUUAUUAAUAUUAUAAGUACUAAUUAGAACAACAUAAAAUAUGAUAGACCAGAAAACCCCUGGCUAGCACUCAUUCUCCCUGCCUUUGAAGUGAGUGAGAACUCGGUGCAAGCAAAAAUUAUGGAGCAAGGCCCCAGUCACCCAGCUUGCUUUGAAAUUACUGGAUGUAAAUUCCAUAUUGAGCCAAAAGGCAUGGAAAUCUUCAAUUUUCCACCUGAAACAGUCUGUUGCUGAAAAUGUACAUUGCGAGUGAGGUCUUCAGGGUAGCACAGGAAAGAUGACUAGUUUGUUGGCAAUAUUUUUUCAUUUGGGCAUGCUCUUCUGUGAAUGUAUUUAGUCUGAUCUCAGCCCUGAUAUGGUAAAUCUGCCUCAUGCUAUAUCUUAUAGCACAGGAGUACCGAUUCACACAGAUACUCGUUUUCAUUAGCUCUGUUGCCUAGUCUUCCAUGUCUCCUCUAGGCACUCAUAGCACCUAUCCAGCUACUCCACCUCUCCUUGAACUCUGAUGACUGGAAUUGCACAUGGGUUGUAAGACUGAAAUUCACCAGUAUCUCACACUGUUUUCCCCUCUAUGCUGGCAGGACCAUAGACGACAUACUCUAGGUUCUCUGGUUCUUCAGCUGUCUACAAACUUUCGAUCUACUACAAUCUUUCUUUUCUGAUAUUAAUACUAAUUGAUUGUGCCUGCGUGGUACUGAAUGUGACCUUUAAGAAGCCAUAGCGCUCUCUUCCCACUGGAUAUUAGUUAUUCCAUGGCACUUUUAAAAUACAACCUGUUUGCCCCUUUCUUGGCCAUAGUGCCUCCCUUCUCUUUGUGCAUGAGGAAAAGGCUUACAUCAAAGCACAUAUUGUUUUCACAGUCCCAGGUGAGCUUUUUUCUGAAGUACUGAAUGGCAUGUAGUUUAUGCUAUCUAGACAUAGAAUAGAAGUUGGGUCUAUAAUUUGGAUGCAGUUAAUCAUGCUGUUUUCCUAUAUAAUUUGGAUGCAGUUAAUAGUGCUAUUCUCUUUCCCUCCUACCUAUCCCAAAAUCACAUCCAGGGAAUUUUAGUUGAGCUGUUCUAUCUUUGUAGCCUCACAAGUUUUGCUACAUCCACAAGCACAGCAAGACCUUUCCCAGAUUGUUUCCUUUUUACGUUGCAUACUGGUUUAGACUUCAUUUUACAGGCUUGUCUUAGCUAGCUUCCAUUCAUGAAAAGGCAGGGAAAAUCAUGCAUUUCUCUCAUUUUUCCACAGUAGAUUUGGUUGACGUUUCUCUGAUUCAGCACAUCAUAUCAAGUGAACAGAGCCAGAGGGAAAAACAGAUUUCUCUGAAAGUGCAGCAGAUCUCUGGGAUGCUGAUGAAACUGUUCCAAAGGGUGAGAUUAGAAAAACCAGGCCAGGUAGAUCCAAAAGCUGCUGAAUUCACAUUGAGCCUGCUAACUACCAUGUAUGACAGGUGAGAGGAAGCAAAAAUGUAAAUCCAUCAGAAAGAACUGCUAGACUAAGUCUAUUUCUACCACUCUUUCACUGUUUCUGUAUGAAACACUCCCAUUUUGACAGUAUUUUGCUUGGUAUACACAAUGGAAGUAGUUCAGCUCUAGGAAUAUGAGGCACAGAGCUUUAUCAGAGAAAGAAUGGUCAAAUGUUUCCCUAAUUAACUGGAUAUCUGGAUUUCUGACAGUCCAUACUAACUUUUCUGUGAACAGCUUUACAGAGAGUAGCUCUUCUUUUGGCUGCCAAGGUAUUUUGACACACUCUUGAAAAAGAAUCCAUAUUUGCCUUUGAAUGACAGUACCUAUGCAUAGGUCAAGAAUUUGCCAGUUGCUUUUCAUUAUUCAUUUUUCUCCAGCUUAAGAAGUUAAUCAUGCAAUUAUGAAACAAAACUAUUGUCUCAUAGCUAUGAUCCCUAUAGAUCAUUAUAUUUGUGAAUAGCAGAUAGUUUAUGGGAUUAAUAAGGAAGCAGCUCACAGAGUGUACUUUUCUCACACAUUGUUUUGAAUAAUGAAUUAAUUCACUAAAGGCAGAAUUGGUUUGUGGUUGUACCAGAUUUAUAAGACAAAGGUUAAGUUCAUUGUACAAUUUAUUCACCACAGGUGAAAUUUAUUCCCUUCUACAUCAGAGCACAGUUUAUUUUACUGAAAGUGAGAUGUAAGUGGUCUCCAGUACUUUUUCUUGAAUCACUGUUCAUUAAUAAUUUGAUCUGUACUGCUUGUGGUCCCAUGUUGUGAAAUUUUUUAUACUUACAAAAAUCAAUUAAGGCUAGGAAUAAACUGGUGUAUGAUGAAACCAUGAGCCAGCAGUGUGCCCUUGGGGCCAAGAAGGCCGAUGGCACCCUGAGGGGCAUGAGGAGGAGCGAGGCCAGCAGGGCGAGGGAGGUGAUCCUCCCCCUCUGCUCUGCCCUGGUGAGGCUCAUCUGGAGCGCUGUGCCCGGUGCUGGGCUCCCCGGUUCGGGAGAGACAGGGAACUGCUGCAGAGGGGCCGGCGGAGGCUACAGAGAUGGCGGGGGGAGUGGGGCAUCUCCCUGGUGAGGAAAGGCUGAGGGAGCCGGGCCUGUUCAGCCUGGAGAAGAGAAGGCUGAGAGGGAUCUUACCAAUGUACACAAAUAUCUUAAGGGCGAGUGUCGGGGGGAUGGGGCCGGGCUCUUUUCAGCAGUGCCCAGUGACAGGACAAGGGGCAAUGGGUACAAACUGCAACACAAGAAGUUCUUUCUGAAUAUGAGGAAGAACUUAAGGGUGACAGCACUGGAACAGGCUGCCCGGAGAGGUUGUGGAGUCUCCUCUGGAAACAUUCAAAACCCACCUGGAUGUGACUCUGUGCAGCCUGCUGUAGAUGAACCUGCUUUAGCAGGGGGUUGAACUAGAUGAUCUCCAGAGGUCCCUUCCAGUCCUGACCAUUCUGUGAAACAAAGCAAGAAACAUCAAAAGUAUUUUAUAAUUUGUGUGCACUGGAGGGAAAUAAUUUAGAAGAAUCUUGUUUACAGGACUAUCCUUGUCUUUUUUCCUGGUUUCUUAGAACAGUGUGUCAUUUUGUUCUUGAUGUAAUUUCUUUAAAAAAAUUUCACAAGUCUCUUCCCAUGUACAUAGGAUAGAAAAAGCUUCUUAUAAUUUUCUUCUAAUCGUG